GGUAAAGACUUCUUACACUCUUGAAGGAGACACACCUCUGGAUGAGAGGGCUAAGAAGUGGGACCAUGCACAGUGAAAAGCUUAUUAAACCCCAGCAUAUACAGUAUAUUGUAAUUGUUCCUGACUUUUCACUGAUCCAAGCCAGAACACCAUAUCCUAUAAACAGUCAGGCCCGUAGAACAGCAUGGCUCCAACUAAAGGAUUACCUUUUAACAGCAGGAUUCACAAACAGACAUUCUGGAUGCUUUUCAGUGUUGGAGACAUAUUUAUUAUUUCCCACCAGUUAUUGUUGUAGUGUGUCCCUGAUAUUAAAUUCAAACACUUGCCUGUAGACAGUGUAGGCAGCAGAUGCAGAGGGAAGCUCUUUCAGAAUUUUGAGAAUCUGAGCUAAAACACCAUCAUUUUCUGUCCACAUUUAUUUUGUAUAAUAGCCUGUAUACUAACUGUAAUUACUAAAACCCUUUUUCUCAAGCAUUCAACAUAUUUGUAUAGCUGCCAUGAUUGCAUGUUGUUAAUUGGAAUCCAUUUCGACCAGGAAAACACAUAAGUUUAUAACUAAAAAAAAAUGCUUAUAUCAAUGCGCUGAAAAACAAAAGUAUGGCUUCCGACAACACCUGAAGGCAGCAGAUGCAGCCUGAGUAAACCCACCACAGUGGUUUGCGCGUGCGUGUGUUUUCGUGCCCGCGUGUGUGUGCAGGAGGCGGAGUCCGGCUCCUCCGCCAGAUAACAGGCUGCUCCUCAGCACUCUUAUCUUCCGUUCCCCGCCGUCGGAGCAGCGGAUAACCUCCGGACCUGCUGUAGGAUUAAUUUUAAUUCUUAUGAAACUCCACUAAACGCUGCAGCGCUCCUCCCAUGGUUUCCCCGGGAGACUCCACGGCCUCUACUUCACUUUACGGAAACUUUCGGCGACCGUUUUGGGGUCUUGAAAAUCAUGGAAACGUGGUUUUUGAACCACGUCCUCGGCGUGUCUCUGUCGGUCCUGCUGCUGGGUCUACCGGGGCCCCUCGGGGCAGGGACCCCCAGUAACAACAUUACGGACCCGGUAACGGCGGGAUUGUACUCUUCAACAGCAACAGAUGAACUCAGCAGUAUGGAAAACAAUGCAACUUCAACGGCUUACUCGAGCGAGAGUUUAUCCUCAUCACAGAGGAACAUCCUGCUCAGUCACUCCGCUGGGACACGCACCGCUGCUGCUGGAGCCUUUGACACUGAGCAGACACAGACCUUCACUGAAACAAGCAGCAUGUCAUUAGAGGCCGUGAGUCAGUCUACUGAGCCACUCUCCUCCACCCUGGUUGUAGCCAACACUGAGGGCAGCAGCAGCAGCAGCAGCAGCAGCAGCAGCAGCAGCAGCAGCAGCAGCAGCAGCAGCAGCAGCAGCAGCAGCAGCAGCAGGAAGGACUUCACCCUCACAGACCAGGUGUCAGACGCCUCCCCCGCUGUGUCCUGGGAGGCUUCUUCCUGGAUGUUGACAGAUGACGCCAGACUCCCCCAGGACAGCCCGGACACCACCCUCCGAAUAGGAGAUGCUUCCACGUCCCACACAGACGUCCACACCGACAGCACCUACACCUCCACGGACAUCAGCCGCGCUGGGGAGAGGACGCUGCUGUCUGUUACCUCCUCUUCCAGCAACAGCACCUCCUCUGCCUUUACAGAGGACUCCAACUCCCAUCGGGCCCCCUCCACCUUGAGUAUUUCUGCUACAGACACUGAGGACUACACCCGCAGUGCCCUGUCCACCAGGACUGACAGCGGAGACACAACAGACGUACAGCACAUGACCCGCACCUUUAAGACGGUAUUUGCAGAGACGGGCAGUUCAGGAGGGACCCAGAGUUUAACUGAACAAACUAAUGCUACCAACCAUGGAUACACCACCACAUCAGAGGAGACCUCCGACUCGACACCACCUCUCAGAGUGACGGAGCUCAGCACUGAGCGAUCUGAAGUGUCCGUGUCCUCCUCCCCGUCCGCCACCUCGCCUGCAGGAGGUACUGCAAACACCUCCUGGACACAGCCAGGGCCGGGCUUCACUGUUACACCCGCCACUGAGUCCUCCAGUGGGGGUCACAGCUCCAGUACUCAGAACCAGGAGGGCACUGAGGGGGCUUCAUCCCACACCACCGAUGACCUGGUGGGCUUGGGCCUGACUACAGCGCCCCCUACUGUCAGCAAUGGUACCUCGGAAGUGGACCAUUCCCUAACAGACACUCCAGUGGUGGUUACUGAGGCCUUCCUCACCACCACAGCUGGUUCUGAUACAGAGAGACCACAGAUAAUAGAGGAAGACACAUUUAAAGCAACUGCCACCCCCUCCACCACCAUCACCACAACCACCACCCCCACCGCUCCUCUAGCUGCAACCUCAUCCUCCGGGUUCAGAAGCACCGCUAGCAGCUCUACCACAAACUCGCCUGUCGAGGCCACCAUCCCAUACAUGAGACCCUCCACCACCUCCUCAACCCUGGCCCUGCUGACCUCUGCAGCUCCAACUCAUCGGGUGUCCCCCAGCCAAACCCAGGGGCCCUCAACUGGGAUGGAUAACCCCACAAGCGCCACCACCCUACAGAUAGAAACCAGCACCAGCACGCCGGGAAUCAUCACAACUCAAAGUCACAUUACCACCACCUACACACUCAGCACCCCCACCCAGAGUACAGAGGCUCUGCAGACCCCCGGGAAAAAACAGACAGAGGGAGGAACAACGCAGCUGGUUGGGACCACAUCACCCACCACGGCACCAACACCACCAAGAAACCUGUGUGUGUCAAACCCUUGUAUGAACGGAGGGAUGUGUGUGAGCUAUUUAGGGCAUCAGUUCACCUGCCACUGUCAGCAGGCCUGGACAGGACUGACCUGCAACCAGGAUGUGGAUGAGUGUGAGAGGGACCCCUGCCCCGUCGGCUCCAGAUGUGUGAACAUGCGAGGUUCCUUCAGCUGCGAGUGUCCGCUCGGCUUCGACCUGGAGGACGGGCGCACCUGCACCAGAGCAAAGACGUUUCUGGGAACAUUCAGCGUCAACAGGCUGCCACAUGACCCCCUUAUCUUCAAGAGCGCCACCAUGCAUGAGAUCCAGAGAGAGAUCAUCCAGCUGCUCAAUGCUUCGUUGUCAGUCCUACGAGGUUACAGCCGCUCAACGCUGAGUAAGAAAGAAGCGGACGGGGAUCGUAUCUCAGCUGUCAACAUGUUUUCCAUUUCCACCGAUGUGACGAGCGCGGAGGUCUUCAACAGCAUCCAGAGGUCUCUCAGCAACUGCAGCUCCUCUUUGGCCCACUGCCGCAUGGUGCUGCACCACCAGCUCACCUAUCACGUGGACAGUCUGUGUGUGGCCCAGAAGACUCAGUGUGACGCAGAGCGCUCUACCUGCACGGACAACAGCGGUACGGCUAGCUGCCAGUGUCUGCAAGGUUACUACAAACACAACCCCGACGACCUGUCCUGCUUAGAAUGUGGGGAUGGCUACAAGCUGGAAAAUGGCACCUGUGUUCCGUGCAUGUUCGGAUUUGGAGGAUUCAACUGUGGAAAUUUUUACAAGCUGAUUGCAAUCGUGGUAUCGCCUGCAGGGGGCGCUCUGCUCCUCAUCCUCAUCAUCGCUCUCAUCGUCACCUGUUGCAAGAAAGACAAGAACGACAUAAACAAGAUCAUCUUCAAGAGUGGAGACAUGCAGAUGUCCCCGUAUGCCGACUUUCCCAAAAAUAACCGCAUAUCCACGGAGUGGGGCAGGGAGACCAUAGAGAUGCAAGAGAACGGCAGCACCAAGAACCUGCUUCAGAUGACUGACAUUUACUACUCUCCUGCGCUACGUAACUCAGACCUGGAGAGAAAUGGCCUGUACCCGUUCACAGGCCUGCCGGGGUCCCGCCAUUCGUGCAUCUACCCCGCCCAGUGGAACCCGUCCUUCAUCAGUGACGAGUCACGAAGAAGAGACUACUUCUAACUGCCCCGCCUUGAACAAACACAUACACACACCCAGAAAAUGACUUCUACUGAUAAUGAUGAUGUGUUAUAAUGGGUUUCUGCCACGGUCAGAAUGCUAAUGAGUUAAAACUCAUUUGACCAUCAGCAUUCAGGGUGGCCUACUAUGUAAAUGCAGGUGUGCGUGUGUGUGUGUGUGGAAGUGCUAAUUUUUUGCAAGUGAAAUGUCUCCCAUAGUGUUAUUGCGUGGCCAUUUCAGUGUUUUUGAAUGUUUUAGCUCAUUUACUUCAACUCACACAUUGCUGCUGUUUUGGUAAAGACUGUUUAAUGUUUAAUUUUUUUAUUUGCCUCCCAGACAGCCACUGAUUCUCAUUUACUCCACCACGGAAAACAAUUUGCAGACAUGCGUGAGGUAGGUGAUCCAUGACAGUAAACAAUCAUAUCUGCCGCGUUGCUGCCCGGUAAUGACGUGCAGAUUAGUGUGAAAAAAAUCUGCUCUGCAUUAAUGCACAAUGAUUAAUAAAUGCAGAUGUGAUGUUUACCCACUAUGCUCACAGGCAGGAAUCAUUGAAUCAUUGAAAUACAUUCAGAUAAUAUAGAAGACAGCAGUGAUUUCAGAUUUAUGUGAGGUGUAGCAAAUGGACUAGAACAUGCAAAAACAUGGAAAUGGUCCUUUGAGUGCUGGAAUAUGAAAAUGUGCGUGCCAAUGCUGUGAUUUCCAAGUUUUUCUUUGAUGAUUCCAUUAAGUAUUGAUGGAACAAGUCCAUAUAAAACCACUGAAGUAUGCACAAAGGUUGAUUUAAUGCCAAUAGAAACUGAGGAAUGACUGAAUUCUGAUGCCAAUGUUUAUUUAUUCACUCUGUCCAAGUCCCUGACAUGUAGCACAAUGGACAUCCCAUUUACACACUGACAGAACGAGGAGGUGUGUGUGUGUGUGUGUGUGUGUGUGUGUGUGUGUGUGUGUGUGUGUGUGUGUGUGUGUGUGUGUGUGUGUGUGUGUGUGUGUGUGUGUGUGUGUGUGUGUGUGUGUGUGUGUGUGUGUGUGUGUGUGUGUGUGUGUGUGUGUGUGUGUGUGUGUGUGUGUGUGUGUGUGUGUGUGUGUGUGUGUACGAGAAGGAUUAUAACUGUUAAUGAGUGUUUCACUGUAAAGAAUGUAAAUAGUAUCAUAAUUAGUUUGCCGUUUCUGACAUGUUUAUCUUUGUUUUUAUAUAUGAUCUGUUGAUUCUGGCGUUUUAGUCAGGCGUUUGUUAUUUAAAUAAAAAUUGCACAGCA